AUGGAGGAUUUAGGUUGCACUGAAGCAAGUAGUGACAAACUUAAUUCAGAAAAUGUGAAUCAUGAGCAUUCACCUACGCAAGAAUUCCAAAGAGAUGAACCAUCUACGAAGGGUGAUGAAGAUAAAGAGCUGAGGGAUGAAAUAGAACUCGGAAGGGAGUUUGAUAGUUAUGAUAGUGCCCACCAAUGGUAUGUUGAAUAUGCUUUACUAUAUGAUGAAACUACAAGCUCAUUCAAGUGGCUCUUUGAAACUUUUCUUGCAGCGAUGUCUGGAAAACAUCCUAAGACCAUAUUGACUGACCAAUCUGCAGCAAUGGCUAAAGCAAUAUCAGAGGUAUUUCUUGAAACUCGUCAUCGAUUAUGUGUAUGGCAUAUUUAUCAAAAUGGUGCUAAGAAUCUGUCUAGUGUGUUUCAAGCUUCAAAAGAAUUUGCUUCGGACUUUGGUAAAUUGGUAUAUGAGUUUGAGGAGGAAGAUGAAUGGUUAUUGGCAUGGAAUAAUAUGCUUGAAACUUAUAAUUUGAAGAACAAUAAAUGGCUUGCAUCUUUAUUUGAAUUGAGAGCAAAAUGGGCAUUGGUGUAUGGGCGACACACUUUCACCGCAGACAUGAUGACUACUGAACGUAGUGAAAGUAUGAACAAUGUGCUAAAAAAGUAUCUAAAGUCAAAAUAUGACCUUUUGCGUUUCUUCAUACAUUAUGAGAGGCUUUUGGCUGAUAGACAAUAUAAGGAGUUAAUUGCUGAUUUUAAGAUGCUACAAACUUCUCUUAUGUUAAUAGUUGAAGUGGCAAUCUUGCAGCAUGCACGUGAUAUGUAUACUCCUGAAGCUUUUCAACUCUUUCAGAAUGAGUACACACGUAGCCUCAAUUACAAGGUUUAUAAAGUAGGGAAGAAAGAAGAGACCAGUGAAUACAAAGUAUCAUAUAUGGGAAAAUUUCUAGACAAGAAAAAUGUGUCAAAGAUCCCAACAGAGUACAUACUGAAGCGUUGGACAAGAAAUGCAAAAGGUAGAACUAUUACUAAUUAUCAUGUGCCUAGCGACAACCAUAAGGAGUCAAUAGGGAAGCGAUAUGGUCAUUUAUGUCGUAGUUUUCGUGAGGUUGCAUCUGUUGCAGCUGAAGAUGCAAAGCUAACCGCAUAUGCUAAUGAGUGA